UCCCAAGCCAUCAGUGUCAUACCGGGAAGAAACCAGAAAACCCCCUGCUAUCGAACAGGCACCAAUUCUGUACUCGGCAUCGAUCGCGAUCAGAUUAAAUGCAAAGGGAAAGAGUGCAAUAUACUCGAGAUGUGCGGGAUCCAUCUUCGGGCAUGGAGAGAUGAGUCCUGCGAGUUGUGCCAGAGUCUUUUUGGGCAUCACCAAUUCGAGAACAAUGCCGAAAUAGACGGCGUCUCACCGGCGUCUUGCGAUCAAAACCUGAUUCGACGGGGCCCAGACGCGCAGGGAAAGAUAUCCAUCACACAUCCCAAUUAUCAUCGUAUUGAAUGCGCUGCAUCAGUACUGAAAAUGCGUGCCGAGCUUCUGGAACAGCCGGUUCCCUUCUUGCCUGGAUGGAUAAACUUCAAAGAAAACACCACGGACCAGACCGAGCAUUCCGAUGAACAUCACCAGCAGAACGAAGACGAAAAAAAAGCAUACUUGUGUUGGAAUGGUGAAAUUUAUCAGCAGCUGUCACCCUCUUCCACUGCAUUAUCGUCAGAUCAAUCAACGGAUGUGGUCGAAACAGAUGAAGCCUUCAUGUAUGACGUUGCUGAUACAACCAUCAUCAAGGAACAUCUUGAAUCACCAUCUAUUUCAAUUGAAAAMAAUUGUGUCGAUAACGCCAGCGAUAGCGAUCCGGAGAGAUGCAGCUGCAGUUCGUCUAGUUCUGCUUCUCCACUGCAACAUCAUAUAGCAAAUGCCAUGGCGCGGUUGUACAAUGCCGAGUUUGCCUUUUGCGUUUUGACCCAAAAUGGCAUCUACUACGGUAGAGAUUUUUGGGGAAGACGAUCCUUAUUGCUGUGGAGGUGUCCAAGAAACUGCGGAUCCUUUCAGCUUGUUUCAGUAGCAGAGAAUCUCACAUUUUCGCUUUCAUCAUCWGGAUCAUUUUCAACAACCCCAACCACCGCAAGUACGUCAGGUGUACCGCCUGCGAAAGUUACACCCACAUUUGCCCAAGAAUGGAUCGAGGUGCCCCCAGGCGCUGUUCAUUCUAUUUUAUUUUCAGAAUCUAAUGAUCAAAUUGCAGAAGUUUUUUACCCAAAAGCAAGUUUUUCGCUACCUCGACUUCCGAAAGAUUUUCCUAUUCCYCCUAAACCUAACCAGAACGUCAUUAGAUCCCAAAUACAGUCGCCGCUAACAAUGAUAUCCGAUCGACUCUGGACAGCUUCAUUGGAGCUCGAAUUUUAUUUGCGGAGGGCGGUGACCAUGAGAGUGGAUCUGACAUCUCCCCGACGAUCCACGGGUGUUCUGUUUUCGGGUGGUGUUGAUUCAGUGGUCCUCGCAGCGCUUGCGGCCGACGUYCUUUCGUCGCAAUUCCGAGAGGAAAAACUGGCUGCGAAAUUGGAGCUUAGAUCUCAAUCGGAUUCUGAAUCAGCGAAUCUCUUGCCAACGAAGAAGUUGACGGUGCCAAUUCUCUAUCUAUACAACGUCUCUUUUGGCCCGAAUCCAGAGAAGAGUAAUGAUCGCAAAGCGGCUUUGAAGAGCUACGGGACACUUCGAGAGAAAUAUCAAACUAUCAGUAGUGAACAUGACAACCAAGCUAAGAUACAUGAUACCGACUGCAAAAGUCUGAAUGACAUCAACCAUAGAGAUGAAUUCGAUGACGAAAGCCAUGAUAUUAAGAUUGUCUUUCGAGAUAUUGUUGUCGAGUGGGAAGAUAUAUGUCGAACAGAGUCUCACAUACGGACUCUUUUGUCACCCAAACACACUGUAAUGGAUAUAGUAAGUCCCGAAAAUUGCACUCAGCGACUUGCACGUUCACCAACAAUUUCUCUUUCAGCCAGGAACUUACGAAUUUGCAUUUAUUCUCGUCUUGGAAUGCUGUUGAUUUCUUAUAUUAUGAUAACUUCUUCGCCGGUCUUUUGGUCUAGAACAUUGCAACUGCUCUGUGGUUUGCAAGUCGAGGUACAGCAACAGAAAAUGUAACAAACGCAAACGGUGAAGAAGAUUUCAGUGGCAACAGCACGAAUCAUAAUGGCGAUGAUAGAUCCCCUCGAGUCUUGCUUUUGGGAAUGGGUGCGGACGAACUGAUGGGUGGCUAUGGGCGCCAUCGGAAGGCCUACGAGAGAGGAGGUUGGAACGAACUGCAGAAAGAAUUGACUAUGGAUCAGAAUAGGCUCUGGGAGCGGAAUUGCGGAAGGGACGAUCGACUGUGCUCAGACCACGGAAGAGAGGCACGGUUUCCGUUUUUGGAUGCGCAUGUCGUACGAUUCUUGCAGGAAGGGAUGGCGAGCAAGGAUGGUUUGGUGUGCRACUUCAACUUACCGCCGGGGGUUGGCGAUAAAAGGAUUCUUAGACUCGUUGCGGAACGACUAGGGUUAGAACACGCUUGCGGGUUAGUUAAACGUGCCAUUCAAUUCGGGAGUCGGAUUUCUCACCUUAGCGACACAAAACGCUUUGGCAGUCGGCGUAAGGCAAAGGGCGCAACGAACAUUUAAGACUCUAUUAUCUACGUCAUGAAAUAGUAUUCUUGGAGAUGAAAAAAAUUGCACGGUAGAAACAAAACAACAGAGCUAUUAGAAAAAAGAUAAAAAACCUGAACUCAAAUUUCGAUCAUGAGAGGAUUACAAUAUUACAUACGAGAAUAGAACCGGUACGUAUGUAGUACAGUAUGUACCGUACGUUCUAUCAACGGCACGUUCGACGUUCGGUCGCGUCGCGUCCUACGAGCCCUGUUUGUACAUAUGUUCUACUAGUAGGUUCGUAUGGUAAAGUACAGUACUACUUCGUGAAUGAUAUCGCUCCCUACGGUAUGAAGUUAGCUAGCAUUAAUAGGAGGCACGAGUAAAGCGCGUGCUCCGAAAGAAGAAUGGGAUCUUACGGAAGUUUUCAAGCCGAUUCCGUAUCGGUAGAUUUGAGGAACGGGAAGGGGGUCCGUAGAAAGUUUGAAACGUAAUCGAAUUUCUUGCUUUCAUUUUUUACAUAAUGCGCGAACGUACGGUAGGAUGUUACUUCAACCAAACACUACCGCGCGAUUUCCGUCACAAAUGCAACGAACUCGUCUACGUGUAGUACCGGUACGUUUAGGUUUCUCUGCGCGUUUUCUCAAUUACACAAAGAGGUGUCGUCUGAGGUCGACGGUAUUUCUGUGUGAUGUGUCAAAAAAUGGUGAGAAUUGUGCUUCCAAAAAACGCUGACGAACGCCAUCUGCAUCCAAGAAAAGCGUAUCUCUGAAGCCACCAUUCGAUCUUCAGUUGCCACCAGGAUUGUUGCAAUUACACUACAAAGUAUAAACCGAAACUUUUCGUAAUUAUUUAGAGUAACAGUAACGAUGAAGUUCUCCCUUGCUCUUUUCCUUGCCUGUGCGGCAUCUACAGCGGAAGCUUUCGCUCCUACGACUAGCAGCAGAGUUUCCUCGAUCACUGCCAAGGGAGGCAUGAGCGACGACAUCGGUAUUCCUUGCGAAGAUGAAUGCGCGAUCGAGAAAUACCCCAACCUUCCGGAGAGUGUCCAUCCUGGUGUCUURAGCGGACAAGCUAUGAUGGAUUUGUUGGAUCACGCCAAAGAGAAUGGUAAGGAGCUGAUUGGGUUGACAAGAGUCGAUUCAAAUACAUCGAAAGUGUUGAAGAGAAAAAUUGUCGAACGAAAUUUCAUCGUUUUAAUUUCGUCAUUAUCUCACCUUUCAUUUUUGAUGAAAUGUAACAUGAAUUGAUAAAUUGUAACGCAGGAUACGCAAUUCCUGCCGUCAACUGCGUGUCCAGUUCGGGUAUCAACGCCUGCCUCGAAGCUGCUCGUGCCAAUGACGCCCCUAUCAUCAUUCAAUUUUCGUCUGGUGGUUCCCAAUUUUAUGGAGGAAAAGGGCUCGAUAAUACCGAUUACAGAGCGGCUAUUGCUGGAGCCGUGAGUGGUGCCUUCCACACUAGAACUAUGGCAGAGCAAUACGGUGUUCCCGUCAUUCUCCACACCGAUCACUGUUCGAAACAGCUCCUCCCUUGGGUUGAUGGUUUGGUCUCUGCUUCAGAACGCUACUUCAAAACGCACGGAGAGCCUCUUUUCUCCUCCCACAUGAUUGACUUGUCCGAGGAGCCUCUUGAAGAAAAUCUUGAAAUUUGUGCUGAAUACUUGUCACGCAUGGAGAAGAUCGGCCUCUUGCUCGAAAUGGAACUAGGUAUCACCGGUGGUGAAGAAGACGGUGUUGACAACAGUGACAGACCAGUAGAAGAUUUGUACUCUAAGCCAGAGGAAAUCUACCAGACAUAUGAAGAGCUAAAGAAGGUGUCUGAUAUGUUCACUGUCGCCGCCGCCUUCGGAAAUGUUCACGGAGUUUACAGCCCUGGAAAUGUCAAACUCGACCCUAAAAUCCUCAAUAAAGCGCAAGAAUACAUUUCCGAUAAGUUGGGCGACGACGCACCAGAGAACAAAAUGCCUGUUUCCUUCGUCUUCCAUGGAGGUAGUGGUAGUGAUGUUUCCGACAUCCAAGAAGCAAUUGGAUACGGUGUUAUCAAGAUGAACAUCGACACCGACACUCAAUGGAGUUACUGGGAGGGAAUCAAGAACUUCGAAGCUAAAUAUCACGAUUAUUUGCAGGGACAAAUUGGAAACCCCGACGGAGAAGAUAAGCCAAACAAGAAAUACUACGAUGUAAGUUCCACAGCUGCAUUAGCCAUCACAAUAAUCUACUGUCUUUUGUUCGUUGAGUGAAUUGUGUUGAUUCUGAAAUUGCGCUAUCGUCCUGUCUUCAUGCUCACAAAAACUUCACCAAAUGCAUUUUAUCGCGUUAUUCGUUUUGAUUCUUUUUCGUUCAGCCUCGCGAAUGUAUGCGUGCCGCUGAGGUCAACACCGUCAAGCGUCUCGAAACUGCCUUCGCUGACCUCAAAUGUCAAAACAUUCUUGGACUUGGAGAAAGUAAGUUAGCAAGCAAUGUUCUUGGACCUCGCAGAGGAGGUCUUCCUGUAUARGAUAAUAAAUACGCUACUCAAUGAUAUCGUAGUCAAGUUGAAUUAGUUA